UCCUACCCGCCGUCGUACCGUGUCUGCGGCUGCGCUCAUCCUGCACCGCCGUCGUCCGUGUCUCCCCCGAUCCUCCUCCCGCCGUCGUCCGUGUCUGCCCCUCUUCCCUCCCCGUCGUCCAGCAGUAGUACCACCAGCAGCAUUAGCAGUAGUAGUAGCAGCAGCAGUAGCAGCAGCAGUAGCAGCAGUAGUACCACCAGCAGCAUUAGCAGCAGUAGUAGCAGCAACAGUAGCAUCACAAGCACCACGCAAAAAAUCAGUAGUUGGGGGCAGCAUGCACCCAGCAACCGACCAACAGUAGUUGGUACAGCAUCACCAGCAGCCACCCACAGUAGUUGCAGCACUCAGCCAGCACGCAGCCAACAGUAG